AUGGCAACAUACGUUCCCGAUCUCACAAACCAGACAUGGAUUGACCAAGGCGGCCUCUUUUACUACUGCUUCCAGAACCCAAAGGCCCAGUACUGCAAAGACGUUCCUGGAUAUUAUCAAUAUACCAUCGACCUCGCUCCUAAUGCUGCGUUUCUUGCCAUUUUCACUUCGUCGUUGAUCGGGUUCGUUGUCACUUGGAUCAUCACCCGCCGAGGCACAGCUUUCAACAUUGCUCUAAUCCUUGGCCUUAUCUGCGAGGUCAUCGAUUAUGCCGGACGCAUUCUAAGUUGGCAAAAUCGCUGGAGUGAGAAUGGGUUUCUGGUGCAGAUUUGCUGUUUGACUAUUGGGCCUGCUUUCAUGGCUGCUGGUAUCUACCUUUGUCUUCGAAGGAUUGUGUCAGCGUUCGGGUCAGAGAACUCGAGGCUUCCUCCAGAGUACUACACUCGCAUAUUCAUCCCUUGCGAUGUUGUGUCUCUUGUACUUCAAGCCCUAGGAGGUGCCAUGGCUUCAAUCGCUUCUCACCAGCACGAAAGUACCGACACAGGAUCAAACAUCAUGAUCGCUGGUCUCGCCUUUCAAGUCAUAACAAUCCUCAGCUUCAUCAUAUGUUCAGUCGACUUUACUCUUCGAACGAUCCGUCGCCAACGUGCUCUCGGCGAAGCCGCCCUCGAUCAACGUCCUGAAAUAGUCAAAGUUCGUAACUCUCGCUGGUUCAAGGCUUUUCUUGGGGCCCUAUCUCUUGCCACUUUCUGUAUCCUUUGGAGAAGCGCCUUUCGAGUUGCGGAGUUGUCUAAAGGGUGGGAGGGCCCUAUCAUGGGCGAUCAGUAUAUGUUUGUAGGCUUUGAAGGUAUUCUGAUUGUGGUUGCUGUAGUAGCACUCAAUAUUUUCCAUCCUGCAGUCUGCAUGGGGGAGUUGUUGAAGCUGGAUGAUGGUGGUCUCAAAGGGCUCUGGGGGUUCCGACGUCGCAAGAGUAGGAUUGCAACAAGUGAAGACUCGGUAGAGUAUGAUAGAAAGGCACCAGCGACGGAGACGAUGGCUGUAUAA